GACCCCAAAUCCAUCUCGAUCGAUCUCAUCUACCUCCUUCAAUCAAUCCACAAUCCUCGAUUCCCCUCGCCGAUGUGAUGCGGAAAUGGGCCACCAGCACAACAGCCACCACCACCACCACCCCACGGCCACCGAUGCCGGCGGCGGCGGCGGCGGCGGCGGAGGCCUCUCCCAGCGCGUCAACAGCCCCCGAUUCUCCGGCCCGAUGACCCGCCGCGCCCACUCCUUCAAGCGAAACAACACUAACAGCAACAAUACUAACAGCAACAGCAAUGUUAACAGCAGCAGCAGCUCGUCGCAGAGCAACAAUCAGCAUGAGGUGAUCGACCUCAAUCUCAACUCCCCCAGAUCUGAAUCGCCGGUUUCCGCCGAGCAGAGGCUGCAUCUGAGGAGGAAGAUUUCGUCGCUGGGCGUGGAUUUGGGGGGGUUCGGGGUCGAAUUGAAGGGGAAGAGGAAGCUAGGGCAGUGGAUGUUCCUCAUGUUCUGCGGGAUGUGUUUGUUUCUCGGCGUUUUCAAGAUUUGCGCCACCGGAUGGUUCGGAUCCGCCAUUGAAAGGCUUGGAAGCAAUCAGGACAUUUAUGACUCCACGACAAGUCAUUUUAGUAAACACGAUGAAGGAUCUCACACAUUUAGAUAUGUGAAUAAGGAAGAUGAUCAUGGGAGGACCGAAGUUGAAGUCAAACAAACUGUAACAAUGAUGGCUUCAGGCGUAGUUAAUGGUCAUGAUAGAUUGGCCGAUCAUUCAGAGAUAUGGUCUGAUCCUGAUAGUGAGAAUUUUACUCGAUGCCUUGAUCGACCAAAAAGUCACAAAAAGCUGGAUUCCAAAACGAAUGGUUACCUCCUGAUAAAUGCAAAUGGCGGCCUAAACCAGAUGAGAUUUGGGAUCUGUGAUAUGGUUGCUGUUGCUAAAAUAUUGAAGGCCACACUCGUCCUUCCAGCUCUCGAUCACUCGUCAUAUUGGGCCGACGAGAGUGGUUUCAAAGAUCUAUUUGACUGGCAAUACUUCAUCGAGUCACUACAAGGUGAUGUCCACGUAGUUGACACAUUGCCACCGGAAUAUGCUGGAGUUGAGCCUUUCUCGAAAACUCCGAUAUCUUGGUCAAAGGUUAACUACUAUAAAUCAGAGGUCCUUCCACUCUUGAAGCAGCAUAAAGUGAUAUACUUCACUCAUAGUGAUUCCCGGCUAGCGAACAACGGAAUUCCCCCUUCUAUCCAGAAGCUAAGAUGUCAUGUGAAUUACAGAGCACUAAAGUAUUCUGCUCCAAUCGAGGAUCUGGGGAAAAUUUUGGUAUCGAGAAUGCGACAAGAUGACAACAGCCCGUAUCUCGCACUCCAUUUGAGAUAUGAGAAGGACAUGCUUGCUUUUACAGGAUGCAGCCAUAAUUUGACCAGUGAAGAAGACGAAGAGCUCCGCCAGAUGCGGAACGAGGUCAGCCACUGGAAGGAGAAAGACAUUGAUGGUGCCGAAAGAAGAAUGCUCGGUGGCUGCCCCAUGACUCCAAGGGAGACCGCCCUCUUGCUUAAGGCGCUAGGCUUCCCAUCGAGCACCAGGAUCUACCUGGUGGCCGGUGAAGCUUUUGGCAACGGGAGCAUGGAAUACCUCAACGAAAACUUCCCCAAUAUCUUUUCCCACUCGUCUCUCGCAUCAGAGGAAGAGCUGAACCCGUUCAGGAAUCACCAGAACAUGCUGGCUGGUCUGGACUACGCCGUUGCUCUUGAGAGUGACGUCUUCGUUUACACCUAUGACGGGAAUAUGGCCAAGGCGGUGCAAGGUCAUAGACGCUUCGAAGGUUUCAAGAAGACUAUUAAUCCAGACAGGAUGAAUUUCGUAAAACUGGUUGAUAAGUUGGACGAAGGGACCAUUACUUGGAAGAAGUUCAAGUCCAAAGUGAAGAAGCUUCACGAGGAACGAACUGGUGGGCCGUACAUGAGGGAGCCGGGCGAGUUCCCGAAACUCGAAGAAAGUUUCUAUGCAAACCCUCUCCCCGGCUGCAUCUGUGAGAGAAAGCCCUCGACUUAGAAGAAGCUCGGACGGGUCGUCAAGAUUUUUGCUGCUCCGAAAGGGGUUCGGUCGCGAGGCGAUUCGAGUUUUCGGAAUCAAGAAUUGGUGGACUGAGUCUCUAAAGGGUUGGUGCAGGUUGGUCAAGUAUACAAAUUGAGUUUAUGUGACCAAAAGCAUUGAAUUGAUUGGAAACUUUGCACUGAUUCUUAGAUGCAAUACUUACAACAUAUUUCUUGUACUAUCAUGUGGGAAUAGAGAUGUUAUAAAUUACACAAAAUGAGUAUAAUUUUAUUUUUAGAUU